AGAUGGCGGCGGCGGUAGCUGCGGGCUGCGGCGUGGUCUCGUCUCGCGGUUGGAGGCGCCCGCACGGGUUCGUACGUCCGGGCCGCUGUGGAGCAGCCGCUAGGCAGCAGAGAUUCAUACAGCUAUCAUUGUGUACAAUUACUACCACAGGAAGAUGUUUCCACAGCUUGGUUUCGCUGAUGCCAAACGGUUCUGUGUGUGUGCUUGUAUUUCUGCUGGAGAAGGUUUGCUUGCAUACUUGACUCUGGUCCAUGCGCGCGAGGACAAUUCUGGAAAGGAGGAGAGGUUAUCUGCUACUGACAUUGCAGCAGUACAAGCUUGUGAGAUUGCUGCCAAACUCGAUGCGAGUAAAGCAUCUCCAGACAUGGCAAUGUGGCCAAUAUCGAAAGUUGCUGUUCUUCUUCUGGACCGGACAAGGAAAAAAUGCUUGAUUGAGUAUGGUGCUAUUACCAAGGGUGUCUGCUCAAUCAUAGAAAAUGAAUUUGAUGCAACAGCUGGUAUUUCACACACUACAAGCCAGCGAGCAGGCCAGGAAUCGACAAAGAAAAGAAACGUUGGUGCUUUGAAUGAACCAUAUUUGCUUCAACAACUAGCACUUUCAGAGGUCGAGUGUAGAACAGGUAUCAAAAGCUCAGAAUUGCGUAUUCUCGAUGAAGCAUUUGCAUACUCUUUGAGUAAAGAAAGGACGACUACUAAAUUAUUCAUUAUGGGGUAUAAGAAAAUCAUGAAUGCCAAGUUUGUGGAAAUGUCUCUACAAGAGUUGAUUAGCAGGAUGACUGGUCCGGUAUUUGUGACUGAUCCAUUCCCGAAAACAACAUCUGUAGUUGAAUACUAUCACAUUCUUCCAUAUAAGGAGAUUUUGUUCGAACUCCUCCACAGGAAUUGGCCUGCUGAUUCUUCAGUAAACGAACAAUCACUCCAACAUGGAUUGCACUCUAUGAGAGAUGAAAUUUUGGAAGAGCAAGACACGGAUAGCACAUUUGAGAUGCGAAAACAAAAUACAGAAGUUUCAACUCGAAAGCAAAACAAGCAAGCAAUAAAAGCUACUGGCGCCAAUAGCAACCAGAACUCCAACACCAUUAAGCAAAGGGAAAACAACAAAAGAAAAUUUGAAGCAUCUAGGGCUACAGCAGCAGAGGGUCCAGAUGAUGCAACAGUAGCAGCAAGCGCAGGACGUAUAGCCCUAGAAUCCGGUGUACAAGUGGACAAUAAGAAAACACAGAAGUCUACAUGUAGCAAUAUGCCCCAAGAUGGCUUUCCUACUGAGGCACCAUAUGUUGAUCCUGUCAUGGAGAACGGUUCUUUGAAACCUCAAAAUGCGGAAGUGAUGGAAAAGUCAGGUGGCGUCACUGAGAAUAAUGAUGAUCAGGUGUAUGAUUUGCUACGAUCAAUUCUGAAAAUACGGGAUGAAAUUUGUCACAAGGGAGGCAUAAUUCAAGAGCGAUGUGCCCAAUGUGAUAUGGACAUUCAGAUAAUCUUGAAUGAAAGGAAGAUGACGCCCAAAGUGCUGUCAAUAAGAGACAAAUAUAAGGAACCUUGCUCAAAUAUGCUGGAAGUUGUUAAUUCAUCUUGCACUGGAAAUUGCGUGCAAACCAUGAGCAUGGAGAAGAAAACAUUGAAGGAGGCACUCGACGAUUACAAUACAUGCCAGGAGCUUAACAAGAUGUGCAGUAGGAGUAACUGGAUAAUUCCAGGAUACAUAAUAGUACCUUCAGCAGCAGAAGGAAAGUUCCGUGCCACUGUACAUCUUGAAGGCCAUGAUUUUGAAAUAAGCAUCACUGGCGAUCCUUGUAUGACCCCGAGCGAGGCGAAGCGCUCUGCAGCUCUCAAUAUGAUAAUAGAGCUUCACAGGAAGGGAGAGAAAGAACGGCAGGGUAACUGAUACAGAAUUGCUUAGUUAAGCUCCCAAAGUUGGGAACCGGCUGGCCGCUAUAACCUGAGUACUCAUUAAAGCCUUGAACCAAACUUCCUGAGAAACAUGUUGGUAUUUUGUCUGUGAUUUUACCUUCCAGACGUCGACUCCUCGUGUUGUUGUUGGUGUUACCGUUGUUUGUUGAAGUCAUUAUAAACCCCAGACUGUUAUUUGGAAAUUAUGAUGCGAG